UAUUGGUAUACGGAGUCGAUAGAUAACCGCGCACAUGGACGCAUUAAACAGUUACCUACUUUAUUUAUUGUUCUGAUAUUGUGUAAUUGUGUUAAAUUCAAUUAAAAUGAGUGGAAAAUAAUUUAAAAAUUUCGGUUUGUGUGUUAAUCUCUUAUUAUUCUAUAAAUUCUAUCAUACAAAAUGGAUGAUGAUCAAUCAUUUGUAAAUAGUUACCCCAGUGUGCAACCUGCUCCUGAUGAAGGUGUGAUAUCAGUGGAUGUCUCCAGAGACGCUCUAGUUGACUCUAUGACCGACAUGUCUGAGACACCCAUACCGCCUGAUAUUAUUGCAUCUGUGGGCACGACCACAGACAAUGAGGAAGAGAAUGGAAGAUUAACCCUAGCUUAUGAGAGGCUCUAUGAAAUACCAAAAACUAUUGUGGAGAGGUUUUCCGACCACAUCAAGUACCUGGAUAUUAGUCAUAAUAAGAUCACAAAUCUUGAUGCCCUAGUGUACUUCAAGAGCCUCACCUCACUGAUAGCUGAUGAUAAUCCCAUCACUGAGAACUGCUACUUACCUCCACUGCCCAAAUUAGAACUGCUGUGGUUGAAUCGUUGUAAGAUAGCGUCGCUCUACCCAUGGGUGGGUAAGCUGAAGGAGUCGUGUCCUAACCUGCAGUACCUUUCUCUGAUGGGUAACCCCGCUGCACCCAGUUAUUUCAAUGGCGGCACUUUCUACGAAUACCUACAAUACAGGCUCUUUGUAAUAUCACAAUUCCCGUCUCUAAACCACUUGGACGACCGUAGAGUGACAGAAGACCAGAGACUGGAGGCUCAAAGGCUCUACAAAAGACCGUUCUUCGAAAGAAUGGUGAAGCCAGCCGGUCUUUCGCAGAUUGUGAACACUUCUGUCACGUGGAAUACUUUCCAGAACAAGAUCAACAAUUUCCUCGGUAAGGAUAAACAGGGUAACCGGAAUUUGUUGAUAUAGUAAAAUAGACCGUAUUUGUACCGGUUAUAGAGUUGAAAAUGUAGAAUUGUUUAGAAUAGAUGAAGCAGUGCAGUGUAGUGUAAUUUAGUUGUAUGUAGAGGUAUUAGUAUUGUAGAUGUCACUUCUGGUUUGUUGAUUUGACUUUGUAAAGUAUCAAUGUCAAAUAAUAAUAAAAAUAAUUAUAUGUCGGUAACCUACUCAUUGGCCGAGUGUUCGCAAGUGCGGGGUCAAG